AUGACAGCCAUAAACGAAGAAGAGGUGAAAAAUGGAUUCUCCAAUCUCGAAUUGAACGACAGGAACGAAUUCACGAAUGACGAUUUCUACACUAGCUCCUCAGAUGAUAGUGAUUUUGAAGAGAAUGAAGAAUCAAAUUCAAAGGUACUGAACACAACUAGCUCGAACAAUACACAGGUUUCAAAACCUUUGGAAAAAGAGGACAUCGUGACGAAGUAUGCAGACAAAAUCAAAACCGAGCCUUUCAAGAAAGGUCAGCAGAUAAACAAAGAUAGAGCAAAUAGAGCAACUGUUGAACAAGUGCUAGAUCCAAGAACAAUCAGAUUUCUAGGUAAAAUUUUCAAUUCGAAUAUUAUUAGCAGAAUUAAUGGAUGUAUUAGUACAGGAAAAGAAGCAAAUAUAUAUCAUGGAACCAACGAUUCAAUACCAAAUAGUCCAGAAUAUGCUGUUAAAAUUUAUAAAACUUCGAUCUUGGUUUUCAAAGAUAGGAAACGAUAUGUUGAUGGAGAUUUUAGAUUAAGAAAUACCAAAGAUCAAGGAAACCCCAGAAAAAUGGUAAAAAUUUGGGCUGAAAAGGAAUUUAGAAAUUUGAAUAGAAUAUAUUAUCAAAGUAAAAUUCCAUGUCCCAAACCAAUUAUUUUAAAAUCUCAUGUUUUAGUUAUGGAAUAUUUAACAAAAGGUUCCAAUCAACCAUCCCCUAAAUUAAAAGAUUAUAAGUAUAAAGAUACCAAUGAUAUUAUAAAGUAUUAUUAUCAAAUGUUAAUUUGUAUGAGGAGAUUAUUUCAAGAUUGUAAAUUAGUUCAUGCUGAUUUAAGUGAAUAUAAUUCAAUUGUUCAUAAAGACAAACUAUAUAUUAUUGAUGUUUCACAAAGUGUUGAGCCAGAUCAUCCGAUGGCAUUAGAUUUUUUGAGAAUGGAUAUAAAGAAUGUCAAUGAUUAUUUUAGUAGGCAAGGUAUUAAUGUCUUCCCUGAAAAGUCUAUCUUUAAAUUCGUAACCGAUAAGAAUGAUCAACUAGGGUUUAAAUCAAAAUACAGUACUGAAGAUAAUAAUGGUAAUAAAGAAGUCGAAGAAAGCGUGGAUGAUGAUGAAGAUGAUACUAAUAAUGCUGAUGCUGGACUAUCUAAAUCUACAGAAACGAAAGCAACUGGAGAAGACGAAGGGGUUGAUGAAAACGAUGAAGAUACCAUAGAUAUGAUCCGAUAUUUGAAUGACUUGCCAUUAAAAUUGACGAAAGAUCAAGAGAUUGAAGAUGAGAUUUUCCGGUCUUUGCAUUUGGUUCGAUCGUUAAAUCACUUAGAUGAAAGGGAUUUUCAAAAAUUCUCCGAAGGGAAAGUCGAUACAAUGAAAGAGUUGGUGGCAUCUGAGCCCAACAUUAACGAAGUUGAUAGUAACUCAAAUAUCAAAGAUAUAGAAGACGAGGAUGCUGUCGGGGCUAGUAGUGACGAAAAUAGUGAAGAAGAUAGCGCUAAUGAAGAUGAGGACGAGGACGAGGAAUCAGGAUCAGAUGAUUCAGAAUAUGAUGAAAGAGAACAGCUGGUUCCUAAAGGUAAAAAAUUCGAGGACAAAGACGCUAAAAAGGCAAGAAAAGAAGCUGCAAAAUUAGCGAAACAAGAGAAAAGGAAGACGAAAAUGAAGAAACAUAUCAAAAAGAAAAUUAUUAAUAAAAGAAAGACAGGACAAUUGUAUCAAAUCAUAAUCACAGCUUUGAUAGCGUCAGUUCAAAUUACGAAUGCAUUACAUUUUUACGUUAAAACUGGAGAAACAAAAUGUUUUUUUGAAGAGUUACAAGAUGAAACUUUAGUAGUUGGUAGAAUUGAUGCUUAUGAAAAAAAUGAUUACUCAAACGAGUAUUUCAAAAAUAACAAGUUAAGAGUUCAAAUUACAAUUGAUGAAACAUUUGACAGUAAUCAUAGAGUAUUUGAUCAAAAAUCAUCACCAGAUGGAGAAUUCACUUUCACUUCCUUAGAUUUAGGUGAACAUAAAUUCUGUUUGACUCCAAUCUACACCGACAAUACUCAUAACAAAAUUCACAGAAUAUUUUUUGAUGUAGCUCAAGGUUCUACUCAUGAUUAUGUUGAUUCAAAAUCGACGAAACUGAUUGAUGAUUUAACUAAAAGAGUAAAUUCUCUUUAUGAACAAUUGGAUAAAAUUCACUGGGAACAAGAAUAUAUGAGACAAAGAGAAGCUAUAUUUAGAGAUCAAAGUGAAAGUACCAAUUCAAGAGUUGUUAAAUGGUCGAUUGUUCAAUUAUUUGUUUUGGUUGGAACUUGUGUUUAUCAGUUACGUCACUUGAAAUCUUUCUUUGUUAAACAAAAAAUUGUAUAA